AAUACAUUUCUCCAAAAUAGACUAAAAAAUCAUAUUUUCUAAAGCAAUGUUUAUAUAACCACAUCACAAUGGAUUACAACAGUUUAGCUCCGUUACUUGUUUAUAAGAGGGUAGAGUUUUUAUAAAAGUCCGAUAGUUUGAUGUGUCUUAAGUUGAAAUGAUGGCAGUGGAAAACAUUAAAAAUAGCAUCAGAGGUGUUAUUUGUAACAUUAUUGAAAUAAAUUUGAAGAAUGCUGCCGAGUUAACCGUUCUUGGUCCGUAGAUCCGACUUUCGUGGGAACGGAUACAAUUUUUGAUCUAAGUAUUCGAAUUUUUAUACAUUACUGAAUGAAUGGAAAUACUGGCAACGUUGUUGUAUGCCGCCAAUAUAAAAACAAAGUUAUUCAAAUCCUAAGUAAAAUGCGACGUAGCUUGGCUCCUAGCCAAAAUCGAUCUGUUAAACUACGUCCAAGUUGUGAUUUUACGCCGCCCCUUCAAAAUAAAAGAAUUCGUAGUUGUAAAGAGCAGCUUGAUCGAACACAAAAACAAAUUACACGGAUUGUACCAUUAAGUGAAUAUGAGCUCGCUAUUGCUAAAGUGCUUUCGCGUCCAUUCAAAGUUCCUAUUGCUGAUUUUGUGCCAGAUUACAAUGGAGGUAACCGAUGUCUCGGCAUGCGGCGUAGCAAUGCGCGAAAAGCAUUACACGACCCACAAGCAUGUAAUGUUUUAGUCCUGUAUACACCACCAAACUAUACAGAGCAUGAACGUGUCACAAUGGAUUCGAACAAAAUUCAGGUGCAUGUCGUUGUUGAUCCCCUAUUGAGCAAUAUUCUGAGGCCACAUCAACGUGAGGGAGUACGUUUUAUGUAUGAAUGCGUAGAAGGCUAUCGGGGAACAUUCAAUGGUUGUAUAAUGGCCGAUGAAAUGGGGUUGGGUAAAACCUUACAAUGCGUUACGUUGGUUUGGACGUUACUGCGGCAAGGUCCCUAUUGUAAACCUACUAUUUCUAAGACAAUUGUCGUAUCUCCGUCCUCAUUGGUGAAAAAUUGGGAAAAAGAGUUUAAUAAAUGGUUACACGGACGCUUGCAUUGUCUUGCAAUUGAAGGUGGUUCAAAAGAAGAUACCAUACGCGCUCUGGAACAAUUCAUAGUUGAUAGUGGUCAACGCUGUGGUACCCCAGUACUUUUGAUAAGUUAUGAGACGUUUCGUAUCUAUGCACAUAUACUGUGUAGAAACGAAAUGGGUAUGGUUAUUUGUGAUGAAGGGCAUCGCUUGAAGAAUAGUGACAAUUUAACUUAUCAAGCGCUAAUGGGAUUAAAGACGAAACGACGAGUUUUGCUUUCAGGAACACCAAUACAAAACGACCUUACAGAAUAUUUCAGUUUAGUUAAUUUUGUAAAUCCAGAAAUGUUGGGCUCAGCCGCCGAUUUCAAAAGAAAUUUCGAAAAUCCUAUAUUACGUGGUCAAAAUGCAGAUUCCACAGAUAAAGAGCGUGAACGAGCUGUAGAGAAAACACAAGAACUAAUUCGCCUGGUGAAUACAUGUAUUAUACGACGCACCAAUCAGAUACUUACAAAAUAUUUACCAGUUAAGUUUGAAAUGGUAAUCUGUGCUAAACUAACUGAUACGCAAAUGAAUUUGUAUAGAAAUUUUAUAAAGUCUGACAAAAUCAGAAGAAGCUUAGCCGAUUGCAAUGAAAAGGCUACAUUAACGGCGCUCGCUGAUAUUACUACCUUGAAAAAGCUAUGCAGUCAUCCGGAUCUUAUUUAUGAAAAAGUUUUGGCACGCGAAAACGGAUUUGAAAACUCACAUGAUUUGUUUCCCGCAAAUUAUAACCCCAAAGAAUUCAGUCCUGAGAUGAGUGGCAAGUUUAUGCUGCUUGACUUCAUGUUGGCUUCAAUACGUACUAAUAGUGAUGACAAAGUGGUGCUUAUAUCGAAUUAUACGCAAACGUUGGAAUUAUUUGAGAAACUAGCACGAAAAAGAAAAUACAGCUAUGUCCGGCUCGAUGGUUCUAUGACAAUAAAGAAGCGCAGCAAAGUGGUGGAUAAAUUUAAUGAUCCUGAAUCUGACUGUUUUCUCUUCAUGUUGAGUUCGAAAGCUGGUGGUUGUGGCUUGAAUUUAAUCGGUGCUAAUCGCCUCUUCAUGUUCGAUCCCGAUUGGAACCCCGCAAACGAUGAGCAGGCAAUGGCUCGGGUUUGGCGUGAUGGUCAAAAAAAGCCAUGCUAUAUAUAUCGUUUGGUAGCCACUGGCUCGAUUGAAGAGAAAAUUUUGCAACGUCAGACUCAUAAAAAAUCAUUAUCUAGCACAAUAAUUGAUAAUAAUGAAAGCAAUGAGAAACAUUUCACACGUGAAGAUCUUAAGGAUCUUUUCCGUUACGAAGCUGAUAUCUUGUCCGAUACGCAUAUUAAAUUAAAGUGUAAACGUUGUGUCAAUAAUAUACAAAUGCAACCGCCGCCUGAAGAUAGCGACUGCACUGUACAUUUAUCACAAUGGUAUCACUGUUCCAACAACAAAGGACUGCCAGACAGUAUUUUAUCACAGGCAUGGCUCUCAAGUAAAUGCGUCUCCUUUGUCUUCCAUCAUCGGUCGCAAGGUGAGGUAAAAAUUAAAGAUUGCUUGGAAAAGGAAAAUAUAUCGGAUCAUUGCAAAAAUGCCAAAAACAAUAGCAAUCAUGACGAGUGUGAGGAUACUGAUUCUGACUAUGAACCGGAUGACCCAACUGAUUUUGAUUACUCGUAGGCUGUUUAAAAUCUGUUUUCCAAUUUCAAGGCGGAAAAGGUGUAGAAAGUUAUGUGUAUAGUUUUUGGUAAGACAGUGUUCACACGUGGACUCUUUUGGCGGUCAAAAUGUUUUUUUUUUUUUGCUGGCGAAGGACCGUGCAGUGCCGCUUGUGUUUGUUUUUGUAGCGGUUAUCUAUCAUGCUCGGGUAGUACGCUUUGUGUUCUAGUUUGUAACAGUUCGCGGCACCGCAUACAUGAAGCGUACAGGAAUUUGAGAAUGUGAUAUGAAAGAAAGAAAUUUGUUCACGUGUGAUCUCAGUCUAAUGUAUGUCAAAUACAUGGUGUUAAUACUGCAAAACAAUGAAGCGAGUGAGUAAAGAAAUAAAUGAACUAGCUUUAGUAUUAAACAGAAAUGAAAAAAAAGUUAUUAAAAUUUGCAACAAUGUUAUCGCACAUAAUUUAAUAUCCCAAAAUAAAGCAGUUUUCAAUGUAAUUACAAAUUCCAAAA